AUUUUUCAGACGACCAAGAAAAGCAAGCAACAACGAGCACAAAUCAUAUCCAUAGAGAGACGGCGCACAAUCAGUGAAUGCUGCGAAUCUCAUAGCUUCCUGGAUUCCUCUUCCCGUAACAACAACAAAGAUCUGCUUUCGCGUUGUUACUGAUCUUAGCCUGCUCCGUUUGAAUACAUGUGAGUGCAGGAGAACUUCAAUCGCACUCGUAAAUCUUGUUGUCUUCUCAGGCUUUCGAGAUGCCGAUCUCAGGAUUGCGUGAGAAGCAUAAACAAGAACUCGAGAAUCUGACAUUAAUAGCACAACCUUUCAAAACAUUGAAGCUUUUUAUAGUGGCUGUUGUUCAGUAUAUAACGAGAUCACUGGUAUACCUUCUGACACAUGUUGUCUGGCUUAUGCUUUUUGUCACACUCACAGUUGCAGGUGGACUCUUGUUUCUGUCUGUGGAUGGUCCUCAUGGAAAGCAUGUUGAAGAGCUUCUUGAAUAUGCAAGGUUUGGACUGUGGUGGGUAGCUCUUGGUGUUGCAUCUUCCAUUGGUCUUGGUUCUGGGUUGCACACUUUUGUUCUAUAUCUGGGUCCCCACAUUGCUUUCUUCACAAUAAAAGCAAUGCAGUGUGGUCGGGUGGAUCUUAAAAGUGCUGUUUAUGAUACAAUACAGUUAAACAGAAGCCCUACAUGGCUUCAAAAAGAUUGUUCAGAGUUUGGGCCUCCAUUGUUUUCAUCCUCUCAAGGUGUUCAGGUUCCACUUAGCAGCAUUUUGCCACAAGUACAAGUAGAAGCUAUUCUUUGGGGCCUUGGAACUGCAUUAGGAGAGCUACCUCCAUAUUUCAUUUCUAGAGCAGCAAGUAUCUCGGGUGACAAAAUGGAUGUGACAGAAGAACUGGAUGCUUCCUCAUCAGAGAGUAAUGGAGUUGCUUCAAACUUAAAUCACAUGAAGCGUUGGUUCCUAUCACAUGCACAAUAUUUGAACUUUUUUACAAUUCUUGUGCUUGCUUCGGUGCCAAAUCCUCUGUUUGACCUUGCUGGAAUUAUGUGUGGGCAAUUUGGGAUUCCAUUUUGGAAGUUUUUUCUUGCAACCCUAAUUGGAAAGGCAAUCGUAAAAACUCACAUACAGACAGUAUUCAUCAUCUCAGUGUGCAACAAUCAACUUCUUGAUUGGAUAGAAAAUGAAUUGAUAUGGAUGCUUAGCUUCAUCCCUGGUGUGGCUUCUGCCCUUCCCACCAUUGUAGCUAAACUGCAUGCAAUGAAGGAGAAAUACAUGGCUGCCCCUCUCCCUGUCACAUCAAACAUCAAGGUGAAAUCAUGGGAUCUAUCGUUUGCUUCAGUCUGGAACUCUAUUGUGUGGUUAAUGCUGUUGAACUUCUUUGUGAAGAUUGUGAACUCAACUGCACAGAGGUAUCUCAAGAAGCAGCAAGAAAUAGAAAUAGCUGCUCUCAAAAAGUUAGAGCAAUCAGAGGAUUGAUUGAUUGAUUGAUUGAUUGAUAGCGCUAUUAGUAGUUAUUUGAUGUUUCUUUUGUUUACCUAAUAGAAUAGACUUCCCUUACUUACCAUUGAAGCAAUCUGAAACCGAAUCAAUCCUUAACAACUCAUUUAUACAAAACAUUAGUUGCAGACA